UCGUUCGGCUCCCCAAGAAAAGAAGUCCAUUGGCAAAAGCACGUCAUAAGCGGAGGUGAAAUGGAGUUUCGUGUAAACCAAGCAUGCUGAAAACUGAAAUUGAAAGCCAAGGAAAAUGGGAUUCAUGCGCUCUCGCUCUCCAUGAUUGAAGCAACACUCUCAACACUCAAAGCCGAAGGCUCUCAGUUCCGAUCCACAUUGGCAUUCUACGAUGGACGACGCAUAUGCCAGAUCUAUUCCUGAGAUGUGCUGCUCCGGUGCUUCUGAGAUGGAAUCACUUUUUACAUACUUUCGGGCAUCCAGAUGGCAGGACUCUUAUCAAGUCGCACAAAUUAAAACAAGGGACAACCGACAUUGAUCUCGUACUCGAUUUCUUUGGAGUGGACCCAACAAAAGGUCUUUCUGAUGGUCAGGUGGCACAGCAUGCCAGACUUUAUGGUAUAAACGUGCUGCCGGAAGAAAGAAGGGCUCCUUUUUGGAAAUUGGUCUUGAAACAAUUUGAUGAUUUGCUUGUGAAGAUAUUAAUAGCAGCUGCACUUAUCUCUUUCAUUCUGGCUUUAAUCAAUGGAGAAACGGGCUUAAUGGCAUUUCUGGAGCCUUCUGUUAUUCUAAUGAUAUUGGCUGCAAAUGCAGCAGUUGGGGUGAUUACAGAAACAAAUGCUGAAAAGGCUCUUGAGGAGCUACGGGCCUAUCAAGCUGAUGUUGCAACUGUACUUCGAAAUGGUUGUUUUUCCAUACUUCCAGCAACUGAAAUUGUUCCUGGCGAUAUUGUGGAAGUUUCUGUUGGGUGCAAAAUUCCUGCUGAUAUGAGGAUGAUUGAGAUGCUGAGUAAUGAAGUACGUGUUGAUCAGGCUAUUCUUACAGGUGAGAGCAACUCUGUGGAAAAAGAGCUUGAAACUACCACAGCAACAAAUGCUGUAUAUCAAGACAAAACAAACAUAUUGUUCUCGGGAACAGUUGUGGUUGCUGGUAGGGCAAGAGCAAUUGUGGUGGGAGUUGGUCAUAACACUGCCAUGGGCAGCAUACGUGAUUCAAUGUUGCAAACAGAAGAUGAGGUGACACCAUUGAAGAAGAAGCUGGAUGAGUUUGGUACCUUUUUGGCCAAGGUGAUUGCUAGUUGUAUGCAUUACAUUUUAGUGUUCAUUCUGCUAGCAAAUUCAGUUUUUGUUAUGGUUCCUUUUGAAUACUGGGUCCUGCAUUUUAUUGUCUGUCAAGAUGCCAUUUUGGUUUCCUGA